AUGUUUGACGAGUCAUUUGAUGUAUUAAAUAAGCUUGGUGAGGGUGGUUAUGGACAGGUAUAUAAAGUUCAAAAUAGAUGUAACAAACAGUCAUAUGCAAUUAAGAAAUGUCCACUAUAUGGAUUGACAGAAAAAGAGAAACAAAAUGUUUUGAAUGAAACGCAAAGUCUUUUGAAACUUCGGUCAAAGUUUGUCAUUCAAUACUACUAUUCAUGGAUUGAUGAGAAUGACAAUUGUCUUAACAUUCAAAUGGAGUUAUGUUCUGAUAAUUUGACAAAUGUUUUGGAAACUAAGAAAUCAUUGUUUAAUGAAUUGAUGACUAUUUCUGAGUUUUAUACAUCGUUUCAAAUGUUUUAUAGACUCACAGAAUGUGUGCAAUAUUUGCACGAAAAUCAUAUCAUUCAUAGAGACCUCAAACCGGAUAAUGUGUUGAUUACAUACGACGGGUAUAUAAAGUUAUGUGACUUUGGUUUGGCUAAAGAGGUCGAUAAUAUUGAUUGGUAUCGUAUGUCCAAAACUAAACAUACGGCAGAUGUGGGAACUAUUGACUAUAUGGCACCGGAAGUAAAUUCAUAUCCAAUUGAUUACAAUCAUAAGAUAGAUAUCUACAGUCUAUCCCUAAUUGGGGCUCAAAUUUUUGGUUUUGAAAUCAACGAUAUAAUGGACGGA